AUGGACAUCCAGGGGGCCAUCGGAAGUCCCUCACUUCUGUCCCUGCCCACCGAGAUACGCCAGCUCAUUUUACACAAGCUUCUACACCGUCCAGAAUGUGACGGCCAGCUCCCCAGGUUUCUUAGCGAUGUCGUUCCGUCGCUGUGCCCAGCCAUUUUACGCACUUGUCGACUGAUCUAUGCCGAGGCACUUCCGUACUUCUAUGAUAGCACUGUACACCUUGAGGUCCGACGCAAAGCCUCUCCUUUCCGCGGAGUGACUGGCGGCGACGCCUAUGCCUGUCGAGUCAUCUAUCUAGGUCGGACCUUCACCUGUGACAAACUCCCCCAAGCGAUCCGGGAGAGGACUACCAAAUGCAACGUGCAGAUCUGGGCACAUCGCUCAGACGACUUCUAUCGCGUGGACCACAUUCAAGCUCAAAUGCGAGACGUGGCGCAGUCGUUGAAGAACCGGCCCAACUGGACGCAUGUAAAGCUACGAGCAUGCACAUUCUACGACAGUCCACUGUGUGACGCGGAGAAUCUGUGGCCGCUGAAGGUGCAGCCAUUGUUGCCGCUGAGCUACAUCCGAAACCGGGAGAGCUUCACCUGCUACGGAGCAGAUGAAGCCUUCACGGAGAUGCUGGUCGAAGCUGCGACCUCGACAGAGGCAGUCAUUGACCUUGAUGAGAUGUACGAUGCAUUUGAGACGCUUGUGAGGUCGACGCUGCCGCCACCUUUGAAGCCAGGCAUGCGACGCACAGAAACAGAGUUCUUGAUCAUCAGAGCAGCACAGGAGGGCGAAAGGCUGUUGAACCAGUUGCGCGAUCGGUGCGGGCCAGCGAGAGACCGAGGCGACUUGAGGGAUUUCCUGACCGAAAGAGGGAUCUUGGUGCGCAAAAUGAGGGAUAACCUCAUCGAGCGACAAAAGGUUUCUGCGCUGCCGAUAACGCUGCCGGAUCCAAGCGAGGUCCUGGCGGCGUUAGAGGCUAUGAUCGAGGACGAGCAGGACGCACGGUACGCGAUGCACACAAGUCGACUGCGGCAUGUGCGCAGCAUUUGA